CAAAGGUCACGUUAACAAUCAAGGAAAUUAAAGAAAUCAGAUUACUUCAACCAGUCAAUAUAUUGAGUAUCCUGAGAUAUAAAUGAAGAUAUUAACCAGUUUUCCUCCUUUGUAACAUAAGAAAUAUACAGUUGUGCUUCCAUUGUGGCAAUGAAGAAGCAGUGCAGAUUUUAAGUUUAUAAUCUAGAUAAUUUUUGAGCAUUUUUGAUGUCAGAUUCCAUCCUGGAGUAUAUAUGUAAACAGAAAUAUUACCUGGUGUGAACCUGUUUGGAGGAGUGGUAUCUUAAAAGGAAUGGAGCUGAGAAAAGCAGCAGACAAAAUGUUAUUUGCUAAAGAAACUGCUACUUCUAGUAACUGAAGUGGCUCAGAGCAUCCAUCCUGAUGUGCUCAAAAAAUCUGAAGGAAACAUGGGACAGUUCUUGUCCUUCUGGGAAACAAACACCAGUAAGCAGAAUGCCACCAUGCAUUCAUGCCACCAUAGCAUUUUACAGACAUAAAGAAAUUCCUCUUUUAUUCACACUUUUCAAAAGCAAAAAUUAUUUUGGAUGUCAUCACCAUUAAACUAUUAGUGACAUUUGCUCUGGCCAGUUUGUUUGAAAAACAAGUGUCCUAAUUUAAUAGGUAUUUUCUAGAAGAUCCAGAUCUAAUGCAUGUAAAACCUAACUAAAACAGUCAAUUAAACUAUCAAACAAAUGAUAAUAGUAAUAAUACUAAAACAGCACCAUGGACUCACAUAUACUAUGAUUUAUAGCCAUUCAAAACUCACAGUCAUUAGCAGAUCAAAGGUAGAUUUGUUUGGAAAAAAAAAAUAGCAAAUGUAUAUUUUAUUAUAUUCAAACAGUUAAAAACGUCAAAAAAUGUAAAAUGAUAAUGUGUGCUACCUUAGAGGAAAUCUGGUCAAAGGCUUCCUAAAAAUAAGAUUCAGUGUGGGAAAGUGAAGGUUAAGGGAGAUGAAUUCAUUCAAUUUGGAAAGGAAUGGCUCCUGGGAGACCUCAUUGUAGCCUUCCAGAACUUAAAAGUUUACAAACAUGAGGGAUAUUGAAUUUUUGCAUGGUCUGACAGUGAUAGCAGAAGAGGGAAUGAGAAACAUCCUGGAGCCACAUCCAGCCUGAUCUUGAAUGCCUUCAGGGAUGGGACAUCCACAACCUCCUUGGGCAACUUGUUCCACUGUGUUACCAACCUCUAUGUGAAAAACUUCCUCCUAAUAUCUAACCUAAACCUCCCCUGUCUUAUUUUAAAAUCAUCUCCCCUUGUCCUAUCACUAUCCACCCACAUAAACACUCAUACCUCUCCUGUUUAUACGCUCCCUUCAAGUAUUGUAAAGCCAAAAUGAAGUCCCCCCAGAGCCUUCUCUUCUCAAAGCUAAAAAAGCCCAGUUCCCUCAAUGUUUCCUCAUAGGAGAAGUGCUCCAGCCCUCUGAUCAUCUUAGUGGCCCUCCUCUGAACCCACUCCAAGAGCUCCAUGACCUUUCUGUACUACAGACCCCAGGCCUGAAUGCAGUACUCCAGAUGGGGCCCCACAAGAGCCGA